AUGACCGUGGUCUGCCACCGGCCCGAGGGCCUGGAGCAGCUCGAAGCCCAGACCAACUUCACCAAGAGGGAGCUCCAGGUCCUUUACCGAGGCUUCAAAAACGAGUGCCCCAGCGGCGUGGUCAACGAGGAGACAUUCAAGCAGAUCUACGCUCAGUUCUUCCCCCACGGAGCCUCCCGCCCCUGCUCCCAGCCUCUCUUCUCUCCGCCUCCUCUCUGGGGCCUCCAGCCUUCACCCCUCUCCCCUCCUUGUCUUGUAGACGCGAGCACCUACGCGCACUACCUCUUCAACGCCUUCGACACCACCCAGGCAGGCUCCGUGAAGUUUGAGGACUUUGUCACUGCACUGUCCAUUUUGCUGAGAGGAACUGUCCACGAGAAACUAAGGUGGACGUUUAACCUGUACGACAUCAACAAAGACGGAUACAUAAACAAGGAGGAGAUGAUGGACAUCGUCAAGGCCAUCUACGACAUGAUGGGGAAGUACACCUACCCCGUGCUCAAGGAGGACACGCCCCGGAGGCACGUGGACGUCUUCUUCCAGAAAAUGGACAAAAAUAAGGACGGCAUUGUGACUUUAGAUGAAUUCCUGGAGUCCUGUCAGGAGGACGACAACAUCAUGAGGUCUCUCCAGUUGUUCCAAAACGUCAUGUGACUGGGCAGUCAGCGCCCGGCCCUCAGAGACACUACCAAACCCCCUUGUUCCGAUUUUACACACCGACUCUUGGGACAGAAAACACCUUUUACACUUUGGACAACUUUCUAGGAAACCCGGUGUCCCGUGGCCCCUCGCCGCCACCUUCUCCUCCCGUCUUGAGAGAGACACGCUGAGAUUUGAGUUUGUUCUGGAAGCAUGCCGUCUCUUCCCGCUGCCCUGCGGGAGGCCCCUGCUCACGCUUGCACCGUAGUGCCCA